AUGAGCUUCGAUGAAGGAUAUACCGACGACUCUGAAUUUGAUCAUGCCACCGUAGUGACGAGCUCCAGUGCCGCUGUUGGGAAUCAUUUAGACCAAUCUGAGGUGUUUGCUGGGUUGAAUACCGCUCAAGGUCGAGAAGAACUUGCAUAUAAACUUCUCUCCUCAUUACCUCGAUCUCGCCUUGUAACUAUUCAAAGGAAACUUGCACCUCUCUUACAGUUUGAUAUUGUCGGGGCUCUCCCGGCAGAGAUAUCGCUGCAGAUAUUUACCUACUUACCAUGCCCGACCCUUUUAGCUUGUGGGGUUGUCAGCCGUCGAUGGCACUCCCUAGCUAAUGACCAAACUCUAUGGAAACGAUUGUGUCGUUCUCGAGGAUGGACAUGGCGCCACCAGCACCGUUUAUCCCCCUUGUAUGCCAUACCACAGCCACAAAUACCGGAAGAUCACCAAGAUUCGGAUGACGAAGGCAUGGGAGACUCUGAUGAAGAGGCAGAAGAGGAAGAAGUGGCUGAUUCUCUGGUUCCUACCGGGAUCGAAGCCGCUAAAGCAGAGUUGACGCUAAUGCACACCGAACUGGAUUCGGGGUUUGCGUCGAUGUCUUUUGAAGGGGCGCCCUUGUUUAAUGCAUUUCUGAGGAGGCAGUCGAGUUCUUCAACACUUACGAGGUCAUUAUCAUCGCCUUUUCAUACCAAUCCCAGCACCCUUCGACACAGUGUAGCCAACGCCCAUCAUCCGAAAGCGAAAGAAAAGGCUCCGAUGACGAAACGUUCCAGAACUACUUCUCAACGUAAUUCAGCGCCAUCUAUUUCUACACAUUUAUUCAACUCCGGCAUGCUUCUCAAGCCCAACUACAAACUAUUAUACCUCACCCACAUCCGAAUUCAACGUCGAAUGUUCACUUCAUCCUACCGUCUUUCGACAUUACAAACUCGCGAUGGCAUCACGAAUCCCAAUCACACUCUAGACGCUCACCAAAACACUAUAUACUGCCUCCAACUCUAUACGUACUCCACAACAGGCAAACAAGUCCUCUUUACUGGGUCGCGUGACAAAACGAUUCGGGAGUGGGACAUGGCAACGGGCUGCGUGGAACGCGUGUUUUGUAGAGUGCACACAAGUAGUGUUCUCAGCGUUUGUGCGGCCAACGGGAUGUUGGCUAGUGCCGGAAGCGAUCGAAGAGUGGUUGUUUGGGAUUUGGGUGACAGGGAAACCCAAUGCCGUGUGGAAGGCGGGCUGGAUAUUCCGACUUCCACUGGAAUUGUGAAAGUGAUAGAGGAUCACGAAGAUAGUGUUUUAUGUGUAAGGUUUGAUUGUGAACGGUUAGUUUCGUGCUCGAAAGACCGUACGGUGCGAACGUACACAUUUCCAUCCUUGAAGCCUCAAUUUGUAUUGAGAGCUCAUAGAGCAGCUGUAAACGCUGUAGCUAUUUCAUCGACAUUGAUAGUUUCUGGCUCUGGGGAUCGGAGUAUAAGGUUAUGGAAUGCGACGACCGGAGCAUUAUUAAGGACUUUUGAGAAUCAUCAUAGUAGAGGAAUUGCUUCGAUUGAUUUCAAGUCACCAUUCGUUAUCUCUGGAUCGUCAGAUAAGCACCUGAGGUUAUUGGAUAUCUCUACCCUACAAGGCUGGUGCACAUUUCCCGAUGCACACCAACACGGAUAUCACCACCAUCAACCUACACAUACCGUCGCGAACGGUACGAAUGCAAACCUCGCAAACCUCACCAACAAUAGCGACAUUCCACUUCCACUUGCAGCUCUUGGAUCUCCAUCUUCGCGAUAUAAUCACCUACCUUAUUGCACUCCACCUUUCUUUACCGAUGACGAGGACGAUUUACUCCCGUUCACCCUUCCAUACUCCUCCAUCCACAACCACGCCUUCGUUGCAUGUCAGGUAUGCGGCAGUACGAGUAACGUUCCUGUUUACGGAGGUACAGGUCAUCCUAUCCAUGAUCAGGAGCAGUGUUUACAUGGAUAUACCGACCUUUCUGGGUUCAACGUUUAUAAUGGAGGACAAGGAUACGGUUCAGGAUCUACAGGUGGCACAACCUUUCCUACGGUUGGUAGAGGACCGCCAUUGAUGAUGGUCGGUCCUGGCGGUCGCAGGUUUUUGCCCGGAUUUGGUGGAAUGGGCGGUGGCCCAGGGGCGGCGGCGGCAAACGGAUAUGCGGCACAUUCUGAUUUGGUGAGGAGCGUAGCGUUUGGUGGAGAUUUUGUGUUCAGUGGGAGUUAUGAUUUAAGUAUUAAGGUCUGGGAUCGCAAGACAGGUGCGCUUGUGGCGGAUUUGACAGGCGGACAUACUGGGAGGAUAUUUUCAAUUGGGUUUGACGGUACGAAGAUAGUUUCAUGUGGCGAAGAUCAAAAAAUAUGUAUAUGGGACUUUUCCCAUGGGAUCGAUACAAGCUUUGUUCAAUUAUGAAAUCCAUGCGCUGACGAAUAGCUAGCGGCUUAUCGAUUAUCACCUACUCAUUCCCCAUUUCACGGCUGUUCUUCUAUUCCUUUAUCCAUGCCAGCGAUACCAGUGUUCAAUUCUUCAUUCUUUCUAAUAUAUUCGGAUACGACUGUCCUAUUUAUCUGCACGGUAACGCAAAUGCCACUUUUAGUACAAAUUUUCAAUUAUAAGGUGAUUUCUUGUAAAAGCGAGUCCUAUAGUUACAAAGAGUUCUUUUGAAUUCAUCGGGAGUAAGGAUGGUAUCCGUGAUGUCCCCGCUGUCCCACU